AUUUAGAACAAAUGGAUGACCAUUCUCUUCGUGGAUCACCUAAAUACGAAACUAGACUCAGUAGAGGACGUACUCAUGGCGCCAAUAAUAUAAUCCUAAAUGAUUUCAAAGUCAGAUCUACUCCUAUCAAGGUGUUUCUCUCAAAGGGAAUUGACAAAAUUAGAGGCCCUUUAAAGUCCCAAAUGAGGACUACCUACAAUGGAUACUCUAAAUAUUUCAAGAAUGAUAGUAAAAGACGCUUAGAUUUUAACCAAACAGCCUCUAAGAUGAGAUACCGAAAGGGUAAAACAAAGUUAAUGAAUAUGACCUUUCAAUCUCCAGAGAUGGCUGUGAGAUCCUCUCUAGAGGAGAGUCGUCAAGAAAUUCAUAAACCUGAAAUCAAGAACUCUUCAUUCACUAUCAAGAAAAAUCCAAUUGAGUCAAUAUAACCAGGUGCAGUUUUGACUAUAAAAGUUUAAAAAGACGAUACUAUGCUGAUCGGAAGGAGACUAGCAGCAGUCGUGCGAGUCAUUUCGGCAUAGAUAGCCGAUCUUCCGGUGCAAAUCUCAGGAAAUACUGAAAAAGACAACGAAAUUUAGAAAUUAGGCGAGAAAACUUGAAUACAAGCGGGGAUUCCAAGAAGGCUGAAUGCCUGGAUUAUUUUAAAAAGACCAUAAGCCAGAUAUUCAAGUUCAACAGACUCGCUCGGAAGAAGAAAAUGAGCAACAUUAAAAUCAAAGGUCUUGGGAUCAGAGUUAGGGAUACAAAUGAGGGAAAUCCUCACAAAAGAAGGUGAAAAGCGAAUUCUACUUCUCUCAGGAGGCAUAAUCUAGACAGCAGCAUUUUGUUUAAUAACAAAUAAGGUCCAGAAUAUGAUGACUAGGGAGAAUGAUAGACUUCCACAAAGUGGUGAAAAAGAAAAUAUUCAGAACUUAAUCAAUUGAUCAUACAAUAAUUAUUUAAGUGACAAUAUCAAAGCUGAUGCUUGAAAGAAUCAUAAGAAGACCAUCUUCCAGAGAGUCAAGAAGCUCACUGGGUAAAAGAGGCGUAGAAGGGUAUCUUCCUGUCUCAUCCUCUCUAUUAGGUGU